AUGAAUCACUCAAGUUUCACUGCUCCAAGCUCAGCGUUAGUUACUCCCAGUACAGCCAUCGCAGACCAGACACUGUUAUUGAUCGCCAUUGUCAUAGGAUUUGCAGGAAACGCAAAAGUUUGUUAUUUUUUCGUUAAGCGUCAAGAUCUACGGAAGGUUCCUCACUUUUUAUUUGCUAGUUUAGCAGUUAAUGGAAUCAUUUCAUCCUUGUUCAAUCUACCCUUUCGCUUAGCACUGAUUACUUUAAUUAAACUAGGCAGGAUAGAUUAUGCUAAAAUCGCCUGUAAUAUCGCGGUAUCGAGUAGCUUUCUUUGCUCUGUUGUUAAUUCUGCGACUUUAUCGCUAAUGGCAAUUGAUCGACAAGAUUGUGUUUUGCGUCCGUUUAACCGACGCAUGACGCCAAGUAAUGUGAAGUUCGUUAUAGCUGGAAAAUGGAUAGGAGCGCUAGUUUUAACAUCAGUUUUAAUUUUUAGCGUGUUCUUUAACCACUCAAUAUGUGUUAAAUUGAGCCCUGAAACUCUUUUCUUUAAGAUGUCAGAGCUGAAGGACGACCCAAUUUUUAUGUAUUAUAUUAUGGGCGUAGCUUUUAAUGUGGUUACCUUAAUUAUUUUUAUUGUAACCGCUAUUCGCGUUAUAAAAACGAUUCGCUCGUCCACUUUGCCUGAUGCAGCGAGUCUUCACAGGCGCCAAGAAAACAAACUGACUUGGCUAACCUACAAGGUCAGUGGUCUAUGUCUCGUGUGUUGGGUGCCACUGUGUGUUUUUUUAGCAGCUUCAGGCGUCCGUGGGGACGCAAUAGUCAACGCAUUGGUUAUAACAUCAACCGUUGGGUACUACAACUAUGUUUUGAACCCUCUAGUGUAUCGUGGAAUAAUGAAAACCAAACCGAAUAAUGUUCAGCACUAG